UCUCCUUAACGCUCCUGUGCUCCACAGGCUCACUUUAAUGGACUUUCAAACCAGACGCUCUUCCCAUUCGUGUCGUGACUGACAGUCGUUGUGUCCGGACCCCCCCGCGCUUCCCCCCACAUCACCCCAGACGACACAAGACGCCUUGUUUUUUGGUGGCUCUCCGCGGUCGCCCGGUGCUCCCAGUCCGGUCCCAAGGAAAGAAGAUGGAUGGAACCUCUUCGCCCGGUCUUGCCCGGUCUCUCUUCCUGCUCCUGGUCGUCCUCCUGUCCUCCUCGGUCGCGUUCAUAGAGCCGUGCGACCUCCUGUACGACCAGGCGGUGCAGGCGUUCUACAAGGGGGACUACGGCGGCGUGGUGCGCUCCAUGGAGGGGGCGCUCCACAGUUACGCGCAGGUCCGCCGGAGCAAAGUCGGCUGCCGGCUCCGGUGUGAGGACCAGCAUCCGUUUGACGACGACGACGCCGCCGCCGCCGCCGUCGCGGAGCUGCGCUUCUUCGACGUGGUGCUCCGGAGGUCCGCCUGCAUGAACGGCUGCAUCGAGGACAAGCUGGGGACGCAGUCCAUGCACCGGGUCAGCGAGGACGUCGUCCAGGAUUUCCACAGACGCAUCCCGUACAACUACCUGCAGCUGGCUUACCAGAAGCUGAAGCAGCCAGACAAAGCUGCGGCCGCGGCCCACACAUAUUUCCAGGCCAACCCGGAGCAUGUGGAGAUGGGUCAGAACCUGGAGCAGUACAAAGACCUGCAGGGGGUCCAGGAGGACCACUUUGUGGACCGAGAGGCCCGACCGCACCAGCACUCCUUCUCGGCAGGGGUAAGGUUAUACGACCAGGGGGACUACGAGGGAGCCAUUGUCCUCUUCGAGGAGGCCCUGGAGGAGUACUACAAAGCAGAUGUGGAGUGCAGGGCCCUCUGCCAGGGGCCACAGAGGUUCGAGGGCCACAACCACCUCCUCUACCGUUACAGCCUCCAUGAACUCAUAUCGGUGUUUAGAUGCACGUCCCUCGGUUUUUUGGAAAACCUCGUCAAGAGGGAGCGUUGUUUAUCUCGGAAGCGUUGGGGUUGUCCGUCGCAGACAGCUUCUGAGGCGAGCGGUAUGGACAUGUUUGGCCGGCCGUUCCAUCUACAUGGCCGGCUGUGCCGUGAGGCCGGGGGCUUUGUUGUGAAAGCUGCCUGGUACCUGAGACGUCACAAACAGGAGCUGGAGUUGCUUCUGAUCGGCAGUGCAACCAUGGGUGUUGAGUUUAGUGAAGGGCAAUACUGGAGCAGUACAGGUGGAAGAGAGGACUCCAACAGAAUUCCCUCCGGCACCGACGGCUGGAUGGAGUAUGUUCCCAUCUCGGAGAAGAAGAACGUCAGUGUCAUGUCUCCACCUCAGCUCAGAGAAGGUGGUCCGUUGGUGUAUGACAGCGUGCGGCUGGUGCAGAACUCGAUAGCGCUGAACGGGACCCAGCGGGUGCUGCUGGACGCCGUCAUCUCUGAGGAGGAGUGUUCAGACCUCAAGCACCUGGCCCACACUGUCACCAUGGCUGGAGACGGCUACAGAGGGAAGAUGUCUCCACACACCCCCAACGAGAGGUUCGAGGGAGCCACCGUACUCAAAACCCUGCAGUACGGCUACGAAGGGCGAGUGCCGCUGAGGAGCGCCCGUCUCUUCUAUGACGUCAGCGAGCGAGCGCGGCGAAUCAUCGAGUCCUACUUCCUCCUCAACUCCACCCUGCACUUCUCUUACACACACCUGGUGUGCCGGACCGCCAUCACAGGUCAGCAGGAUCACAGAAAUGACCUGAGUCAUCCCAUCCAUGCUGAUAACUGUCUGCUGGACCCCGAAGCCAAUGAGUGCUGGAAGGAGCCACCGGCCUACACAUACAGAGACUACAGUGCACUACUGUACCUGAAUGGAGAUUUUGAGGGCGGGGAAUUCAUAUUCACAGAAAUGGACGCCAAAACGGUCACGGCGUCGGUGAAGCCAAAGUGUGGCCGGAUGGUGGGCUUUUCCUCAGGGGGGGAGAAUCCUCACGGUGUGAAGGCCGUCACCGGGGGGCAACGCUGCGCUGUGGCGCUGUGGUUCACAUUGAACCCGCUCUUCAGAGAACUGGAGCGACUGCAGGCGGACGAGGUGAUCCAGGCUUUAGACAGUCAGGCCCAGUCUCAAUGGGACCACGGUCUUCAUAUCAACCCCAAGGAUGAACUGUAGGAGCCGAGACCCGCACCCCUGCCACACCCACCCCAUCCCUCCAAUCAAGUUCUUCUAUCUGUCUAUUUUAUUUCUAUUUAUUAAAUGAGCUUUGGAUCAGAACAAUUCUAUUUUUGUACUGUUUGAAGUGCAAGGUUAAUAAUAUUGUCUGUCGUUUUUUGGGGGGGGGGAUUUUUGGUCAUGUGAUGAUGUGACUUUUUUCUUUUUAAAAAAAAUUAAUUUUGUCUCUCUAAACACCAAUACUUCGGAUCAUCCAUAUUUUUCCCCUCUCUCCCACUGACAGUCUCUAAUCCACGUAAAGAGCUCGAUCUGAUUCAUGUUCACUUUAUGGGUCAGCAUUUGGAGGUUUUCACAUGCAAAAAAAAAAAAAGAGAGACAAAAAGCUGUUUGUAACUUCUAGUUUUUUAACUGCACUGUGAACAAGCCAAAGAGAAGAACUCCAUGUUGAUGUUUUUCUGCUAUGGACUCUGCUUGUUGCUAUUGUUCUGGUCAAAACCUUUUCGGAUAUAGUCCUACUAGUGUGAAUGGUGAAAAUAGGCUGGCUGGCUAUGUGUACUGUAACUGUGUUCUCUACAGUAUUGGGCUAUAGGGAGAACAACGUGUUCAUAAUAUGUGAAGAUUGGCUGAAAGCAUUGAGCAUUUUAAGGGUUUGAUUCUAAAACACUGUAUGUACUUCUUGAAAAAAAAGUUGCCUUGAACUCUACACACAGAACAAUUUGUCAGAUUAUAGGGAUUUUUUUUUUUAGGCAUCGGUCAUAAUUUCCCUAAUGAUUUGUUAACCUUUGAUAUCACAGGCUUUUCAUUACAGAGAUAACCGAGUAAUACAUGAAUAAAAUAGAUGUAAGUGAACUGUGAUGAAUGGUGAUUGCUGAGGGAAAGAUGAGUAAAAUAGGGACUUUCCUACAUCUCUAGUUUCCUUCCUUGUCAUUAUAAUGUGAUAAUAUAGUCUAAAUAUAAUCUACAUCAAACUCAUCGACUUUUAUAUUGAAUGUUCUAAAGAUGGGCGACAUAGUGGCGCAGUGGUUAGCGCGGUCACCUGACAGCAAGAAAGCCCCGGGUUCGAGCCCCGGGAUUGUCCAACCUCGGGGGUCGUCCCGGGUCAUCCUCUGGGUGGAGUUUGCAUGUUCUCCCCUGUCUGUGUGGGUUUCCUCCCACAGUCCAAAGACAUGUAGGACAGGUGAAUCGGCCGUACUAAAUUGUCCCUAGGUGUGAAUGUGUUGGCCCUGUGAUGGACUGGUGGUCUGUCCAGGGUGUCUCCCCGCCUGCCGCCCAGUGACUGCUGGGAUAGGCUCCAGCGUCCCCUUGACCCUGGAUAAUGGAUGGAUUAUAAUGACAAGGUAGCAAACUAGACAUACAGGGAAGCCCCUAUUUUACUCACAUAUUAUCAAGGCUCAGCAUUUUCGGUUUUUAUUUUUCAAAGCCAUCCAGCAUGCCGAAUUUCGCCACAAGAGGACACUGUUACAUAACCUCACAUGAACAGGAACAACUUGGAAACAUAAAAUCCGGGUGAAAAUCCAUUUAAAUCAAUCUGCUCCUUUUAAAAAAAAUCAGGGUAUUUUUCGGUGAAAAUCGGUAGAAACCAAAAACGCUGAGCCUUGUAUAUUAUGCAAUAAUUAACACCGAUCAUACUUAAGCUACUUCUGUUUUAAUCAUGCAUCACUUGGUUUUCUCUGCAUUAAUGAAUGGCCUAUAAUUUAACACCUUACCAGUAACUUAAAUGACUACAUGAGGAGUUUUUCAAUACCGGCAAGAGUUUUUACCAACGUGUACUAUGUUUGGCCGAGAAUGGACAUUUAUUUUGGAAGGAAACUCCUCAAAAGAGAGAUCGACGGAGAAGAAUUUUACAAAUAAGGAUUGUGCUCUGGUUGAUAUUUGUGCGGUCCUGCACGCUUGUCUGUCCAAGUAUCUGAAGCCCGACGUCAUCCGUCAGGACUCUGUGCACUUUCCCCCUUGUUAGUGAUGCGAUAAGGAGAGACCACCACCUCCACGGCUCCCCUUUGGACAAACAGAACAAGGCGCCAGUUUACAGGUCGAUAAAGAUGUGUGUGUGUGUGGGUGUGUGUGUGUGUGUGUGUAGGUGUGUGUGUGGGCGUCAACGUUGUAUUUGUGUUUUUUUUUUUUUGUCAAUAUAGACAGCUGCUAUUGCAAUUGUCCGCAUUUAAUAUUAGGAACUUUUUUAAUAAAAGUUGUCAAUUGUUCCUGUUUCAAGGAAUCCAUAUUUAAAGGAGGCUUAUACUUAUCUUUUCUUUCAAAUACUCAUAUUUCUGUCAGGCAGACAGAAACAUGCACUGUAUGUCCGAUGGAAAGAAAAAUUGUAUAUGUAUAUAUAAAUAUAUAAAUAUACUUUUUAUAAUUCAUCUGAUUCAAACUGCUAACCAGGAAGUGGAAGGGUUGCUUGAGGGUCUUCCACGCCAGCGAGAGAAACGCUGGAGUCUUCCUGUUUCACUGACACAAAAUGCUGUAGCACACAAGCUGAUGUUAUGUUACCCAUAAAUUAAAAAGAGAAUAUUAUCUGUAUUUAAUGGUUUGUUUUUAUUUGAAUGUUCAUGUUUUAACUGCGCAA